AUGCAUUCGGGCUACAACAGAGAUUACUAUUAUCCCAACGAACCCGAGUCGUACCGUGACUCGAGGAACGCGCUUCAGCACAGCCGGGACCACGGCCAUCGUCAUGGUAGUUCACACAGCCAUAGCCAUCACGGACAUGAUGACCACAAAAGCUCACACUCACACUCACAUCACCGCAAGAGCUCUAAGAAUCGCAACCCUCACCACGAUCGCCAUCUCGCCGAAGGAGCGGCAGUUGCUGCGGCAGUUGCUGAGGCCAUCCACCAUCACCGGAAGAAGGAGGGCGAGGACGUGAGUUCUGGUUUUGGUCAUAUUGUUCGCACUGUGGGCGCUGGUGCGCUUGGAGCUGUGGCAGCCAAUGAGAUUGAGCGAGCACAUGAUUCGCAUCGCAGAAAAAAAGACCAUUCAUCGAGCAGACACCAUGAUUAUGGUCAUGGUCACGGUCACGGUCACGAUAAUGGACAUCAUAGACACCAUAAAUGGUAA